AUGUCCCCUGCUCCAACUCCUACUCCAAGAGAAAGUGAACAUUCGGAGUCUAAGACUCAGUCAGACAUUCGUAUUGAGGAGCAAGAGACCGUUCACAACGAAGAAGAGACAUCAAAUCCUGAAGUAACCCAAACUCAUAAUGAUUUCGUUCCAUCUCCUCCUCCUUCCCCUAAAACCACCACUACACCAAUCACUAUCACACCCUGCCCUCCACCAGUUACUUCUCAACCACAAACAAGUGCUCCUCUUUCUACUCCACUAAUUUUUGAUUCUAUAAUCCCACCAACCACCUCAGCUGAGCCUCUUGUUUUGGUCAACGCAUCUGAUGCGGGGGCAAAAACUUUAGGUUUCUCAACUCAUGUCUCACCACCUAUUUCCCCUCUUCGCCAAGAUGAUCCUGACAUGAUCUUUGGUGAUGAAGAAGAAGAAGAUCUUGGAGGAUUCACCUACAGUCCCUUUCAAAUAACGACUGAAAGUGAAGAUGAGACUCUAGUUACGAAAGGGCAACUCAAGUCCUUACAUGAUAAUAUUGACCAACUGCUUCUGUCUACCAAGGCGUCCUCUUCUGAGUCCUACUCCAAAGCAGCAGUCAAUUCACUUUUCGGGACCCUCACGAAGGAGCAUUCAGACAACAUCGAAAAGAUGAACAAAUCAGUCGAUGCUUCUGCUGAAGUCUGGAAGACAAUGACCGAAAAAGUCGAUAAACUAACUUCUGAUACUACUUUCUUCAUGGAGAAUUUUCAAUCCUCCUUUGACUCAAAUACACCAAAGGCCAAUGAAGCUCUUUCUGGCCUAGGUUCUCUCUUCAAAGCAAAGAAGACGAAACUGCCAGAGGUUCGCAAUGGUCUUAAAACUUACCAUGAAGCGUUCCAAUCCUCUAUCUCUUCUCAAAUUACCAAGCUUCAAGAUGAACUUGCAACGGAAAGUAAAAUCAUGGACUCUCUUGAUAUCAAGACGGAGAAAGUAAAAGUGUUAAACGUUAAACUUGAAGCCGCUGAGAUACAAGUCAAUGAUCUGUUAUCCGAGAGAGUUGUUAUGAGAAGCUGUAUCACUAAUGUUAUAGGCUUACUCUCGGAUAUCAUUGAGACCAGAGAUCCAAUGAUCACUAUCAUAGCAAGGAAGCAUCUUGCAGAGAAGUUGAGACCAGUCUUCGCAAUGCUUCAUAGGCUGGAGGGUGUUUCGGAUCAAGGCAUUAUUCCGAAAUAA